AUGUUUGUUUUCCUGAGCAGAAACGCAGACUUGGACCGGCAGUUCAUAAACAACUACAAACCUAAAGGUGAAGGUCAAGAGAAGCUCAGGAUUCUUCUGCAUGGACCGAUUGGAGCUGGAAAAUCCAGUUUCAUCAACUCUGUCAUCAGCGCCGUGGAGGGUAGAAUCAGUGUCAGGGCUGCUGCAAACACCAGUCAGAGCGGCUUCACCAAGGAGUAUAAAACAUACAGCAUUAAAAAAGGAGACCAGGAUGACAAGCAUUCUUUGGUAAUAAAUGACAUGAUGGGUCUGAACUGUGGUAAUCGGAGACAAAGAAGAGUCCAUGAGAGAGACGUCAUAAGGGCCAUGAAGGGAAACAUCAAGGAUGGAUACACAUUCAACCCUGAAAGUAGUUUGUCCAAAACUGAUCCGUUCUACAACAAGAAUCCAACUAUCAACGACAAAGCUCACAUCCUGGUUACCGUCAUUGAUGCCAACACAAAACUGGACAAAAUUGUAGUAGAGACAAUUCAGGAGAUCAGAGACAAAGCCACUGACCUGGGGAUUCCUCAUGUGGUUAUUCUCACCAAAAUUGAUGAGGUCUGUCCUGAGAUCAAGAAUGUCUGCAGGAGCCGAGAGCUACAGAAAAAGGUUCAGGACUUUAGCAAGCUGGUGGGAAACGCUGAGAACUGCAUCUUCCCUGUGAAGAACUACAAUGUGGAGAGAGAUUUGGACAAUGACAUUGAUGCUCUGAUCCUGAAGACCCUGAGACACAUCAUCGAGAUUGGAGAUGAAAAACUUAGCAGCUAA